AAAUACACACCUAGAGGUUCUCCUUAGUCCGUGCACCAAAUCAAUCCACUUAUUGCCUGCUAGUUUCAUAUAAUCCAUUCACUUCUAAGAGAUGGAAACCAAAAUGAACGUUAAGAUCAAGCUUAGGUUUCUUCUGGUAGCGGCGGUGGUGACAUGGAUGAUCCUAACCGCGGGAACCACUUCCGCAGCUGAAGACUACCCGAAGCUCAACUACAACGGCGGCGGCGCCGACAGGAAAGUUCAAGAUAAUCAGGAUGACGCAGUAAGUUCGGCCGGUGGCAGCGUUGCCACCACGACGGCGAGCAACCACCACUAUAUACCGAGGAAGGACUUCGGCCAGACCGGCGGAGAUGGCGGCGCUCACUAACUCCGCCUGUUGCAUUUCACAAAAAGCCAUCGCCCAUCUGUGUGCGUAGUAUGUGGUAUAGUCAUUAUGCAUGGUAGUAGUCGUGCAUAUAAACGUACGUAAGUAGUAUUUGUGUUAUUAUUAUAUGAUAGUCUAAUAAUAAUCUGUAAUCAUGUAUUAUAUAUUAAGAAUAAACGUGUUGGAUGAGUAUACUUAACUCAUUCUUAGUGUAUACGGUGGCUUAGCAUAUAUAUGUAGCGAAGAUCUGAAACAGACGAAUAAUUUCAUGUAAAAUAGAAUUUACCAG